UAAUCCAUAGGAAAGUGUGCUUUCAAUCAAAUAGUGUGACAUUUGUUUGGUUUUUGUCUGUUUUGUGGUCACCGCGAGUCCACUCGAGUCCGUCACCACUGAUGGCAUUGAAUCCCAAUUACGAACAAAUCGGCAAAACGUUUGUCCAGCAGUACUAUCAGCUGAUGGACGACUCGACACAGCGACCAAAUGUGGCCAAUUUCUACACUGAGCAAAAGUCUUUGAUGUCUUUCGAAGGCCAGCAAAUGAUGGGCAGAACGAAGAUCAUGGAGAAGAUCCAGAGCCUGACGUUCCAGAAGAUCCAACACAUCAUAACGGCUAUCGACGCUCAGCCGACCUUCGAUGGCGGCGUUUUGGUGGCCGUCUUGGGUCAGCUCAAGACGGACGACGACCCGCCGCACACUUUCAAUCAGGUGUUUAUCUUAAAGCCGGCAAACGAUAGCUUUUAUGUGGAACACGACUGCUUCAGACUAGCUCUUCAUGUCUAACCACAACAUUAACUCAAUUCAAGAAAUGCAUUCAAAUUAGUCUCAAUUCAAACGCCGGACUUUACUAUUGAUAUAUCAAUUCAAACUUCUUCUUCUUUGUCAUCAAAUAAUUUCCAAAUAUUUUUAAUUCAAGUGUUUUUAGUCUUCGAUUAAAAGACAUAAUUAAUUAAAAAACGAAAUCAUUUUAAUUAAUGGCUCGAAAAUUAAAUACAACUUUUUGUUAACUUUUAAUAAUAAUCAAUAAAAAAUCAAAGACAUGUCAAACAUGUCUUCACUCGAC